AUGGGAAUCGAUGCUGACGGGUUGCCUAUGGAUGGAAAGGCCCUGAAUAGAUUCCGGACGGUCGCAGGGCUCAUUGCUCAAGAGAGGGUGCUGAUAAUGACUAAGUUUGAAGACCACAGUGACGAAGCUAAGAGGGACUUGUUCGAUAAUGUCGUUAAAGAGUAUCUAGAGUACCCUAGAAACAUGAGCGAGCGUCAAACGAUCGCCGCGCUCAAUGCAUGCUAUCUUAUGGCCAACAGUGACUCAAGGAUAGUCCAGCAGUCCAAGUUUAUCGUUGGCGAUAUGAGAAAUUUGGACGAGCAGUUGCAUGUUCUCAAGCGCACAUUCAGAGUUAAUAGGUUUCUAAUUGUGCUUGAAAAUGUUGAUUUACAUAAUAUGCAAAUGCUACAAAUUGCCUUGCAGACCCAACAAUGCGAGAAAAAAGGGAGCAAGAUCACUGUUACAAGCAACAAGAACCGCGUCACGAGCAUUGGAACAGCCAAGCCCGUCAAGCUCAAGAUCUUGCCACUGGUGGAGUACUGGUUCUUCUUCAGAGCGCACGCUUUUGCAGGCGCGGAUAUGCAGCAGAGCCCUAGACUGGUAGCAAUGGGUAGAAAAAUUUAUAUGGGGCUGCAGGGGUCAUUCUUCGAUGCGAAGAUCGUCGGAACAAUGCUAAGAACUCACCCUACCGCAAAAUUAUGGUCCAAGUUCUUGAGAAAUGUUAUCGGGGAGCUGUCGCUGUUUGGUGAUGGGCUUGGUUACAUGUAUGAUGUAGCUGAAACAAUCCUUCCCAACCAUGCCAGAGUUUGGCACGUCGCCGCCUCUGUGUGGUGGCCUGACAACCCCGGGAGAACGCUCACCGGCCCGCAGGACCUCUCCCUAGAAAGAUCAUAUAUUGCUAUUGAAGUCGGUCUACCCUUUCUACUGUACUACACAGCUCAUUGCACGAUGGUCUGUAAAACAGUUGGGCAAUGA